GGUUUAUUUAAGCCCAAAGGUCAUGUCAGGAUAAACGCGAAUUUUAAACAAUUUGAACUGACUGUUUCCCUCACUCAGUUACAAACUGCUUUUAUUUAGAGAAUAAUACAAUUGUUAUUUUUCAGUGGUUGACAGAACAUUUUUAAUUAGAAAACAGUGACUUAAGUAAUGGCAGUUAACAGUAGGAAGCGAAGUGCCGCAGAUAUUUGGAAUUGGAAUGGAACUCCUGUUGCAGACUUUGGAAUCAGCACGACAAUGCCAAACGGCUUCCACCAAGUUUCCCCGAAACGGAAAUGCAAUGGGUUGCUGUAUACUAAUCAAACAACCAUGCUGCCCAUGGCCCCUGUGUAUCAGAAGCACGAAGAGCAGCAACAGUUCCCUGAGCAAUUGUCAAUGCAUGUAGAUGAAGAUAUGCAUGAAGAAGGAAUGGACACACAGACCAUGAAUACAGAAGAUACAAAGAAAAAUAAUGUGUGUGCAAGAUGUUUAGCAGGCGAGCCAGGUCAUAUAAUGCAUAUAUUGGGAUAGGUGCAGUAUGUGUGAUUGUACUUAAUCAAGGUGUGCUGUACAUUACUGAUUUUUAUCAGCAUGGGAAAGAAUACAGGUGAUUGCAGGUCAAACAACUAUUGUAUUCUUUUCGCUAAUGAUGAGUGAAAUCAUGGACGUAUGAUAUAUUACCAUGGUAUAAUAAACCUUUUGAAUAUUCUUAAGCUCCGCCCACCAGAUAAAGUUGCUACUUAACCGCAUGUUCUGAUUGGUUAAUUUGUUUGAUCGGCACCUUUUUAUGUGUUUUGAUGUGCAAAGAUAAGGUAAAAUUAUUGGUUUUUUUUAAAAUUUGUUUGUCAUGUCCUCUUGCAUUUACUAUAUCAAAGGUCAUCACAUAAACAAUAAGGCAUACUCUGUAUAAUAUUUUGUUAAAUGCAACCAAUUUUGAAUAACUGAUGAAGUCAGAUCAAAAUCAACAUUGGCCCUAUGCUCUAUGCUUUGGUUAUUUAUUUAUUUAUUUUGACCUUCGACAUAGACCAGGGCAUUUGAAACUGUUAUUAGGGCUUCUGCACAUACAAAGUUUACAUUAUUAGAUAAAUUUGUUUGUGAAAAAUUUAUUUAUCAGGAUUCAAUAAUCACGCUCAGUUAUUAUUCAGAUGUCUUACUGAGCUAUGAUGGUACAGAGUGUACACCCUUUGAUUUUUUUUUUUUUUUUUUUUUGUAUUUUGGUAUAGAAUGAUUUUCCACUAUUACACCUACUGUAUGGAAGCUUUUUAAUUUGAUAUUGCUUUUUACAUUUUUAUUUCAGGGGCAGAUCCAGACAAAAACCUGGGUAGGUGGGUGGUGUUUGAGAUUUUUGUUUAGAAAAGCUUGAUUAUAGACACUUAUAGAAUUUAAAUCCUACUAAUCUUCUCUCUAUUUUUUUGGUGGGGGGGGUCUCGAAUUUCCCACCCCCACUGGAUCUGCCCUUGUAUUUGAUGUGCCUUCUUAGUUUGAUAUAUACCUGGUGUUUACUGCAGUGUUGUAAAAAAAAUAGUUUUUCUAGAUAGCAGAACCUACAUAUACUUUCUGAUUGGUUUGCUUAUGUUUUACCAAUUUUAUACAAGGAAUGUAAUGAAAUCAAUUCAUUCAGUGCAUUACUAUAAAUUAUUUAAAAAUCUGGACUAAGAAUUUGGAUGAAAUUUCAGUUUCAUUUUCAAGGACUGUAUAGUAUUUUGAUACAUUUUGAUAUAUUUUUAAUCAAUUGAACAAAUUCUUACAUAAAUCUACUUACAUAGAUUGAAAUUGAAUAAAGGUACAGUAUAUAAGUUGAGGAUUGGGAAGUGAUUUUAUGCAACUUAUUAUAUUAUAUUAUAGAAAAAAAUUGGAAAUAUUCAUAAGAUUCUGAAGAAUGUAGUAAUCGGUAUGAUAUUCUACCAUGGCCUGCCAACCAGUACUAUUUUGUUAUACAUUUGCUUUCGUAGCAUAAUAAAUCAUUAACCUGUAUUAAUUUCCUCAUAGUGGAUUGAUAUAUGGCACCUUGGAGUUUGUUACUUUUGGUAGCUCCAAGAUGGGAUUGCCAUAAAAAGUUUACUAACAGGAUUUCCCAGGUUUUUUUUGUCUUUAUUUUUAAUGCCAAAAAACAAUGAUAAAAUGUAGCGCUUACCAUAAUGUACAGUAUAAUUGUGUGAUUAGGGUAUGUCUUCCUUGUUUGUAUGCAAAAUCAUUGAAGACAUUUCAGAAGAUAGUGUAAAAAGGUGUGCUUGUGUUGUCCUGUGCUUGUCAAAAGAUAUAACAAAACAAAGAGAGGCACUUAAUUUUGAUUUCAAAACACCAUCCAAACCCAUUCAUGAGCAGUUGGCUGAUGGUAUUGUCUCCUUAAAUAACACUCACUUGAAAGUUAAUGGAAUGAAGCCUGGUUUCGUUAAAGUCGCUACAGUGUUUUCAGUGCAAUUGCUGUACCGACCGAUCAGCAUCACCGAAAGCUGUCAGUGAUAGCAUGUAGCGAUUGUAUGGAAACCAAGCGUUAAGGACAAUGUAUCUGUUUUAUAUAAGUACUGCUCCAGAGACCUGUCAAAAUUUCCUAUUUUAAUCUUUGACGAUAAGGAACAUUGGGUUUAUUUUGUUACUUCAUGAUUUCUCAUAACGUACAAUGAGAGCGCUUUUGCGGUUCUUCCUCAGCAGUGGUGGUCCAGGGCUGUUGGGGGGGGGGUCGAUAAAGAAAAGGAGAAAGAAGAGCACGCCACUUCAGGUCAAGCUAACUUCUGUAGUACGAUUCUAUUUGUCGUUUGAUGGCAAUUUUUUAAAAUCAGUUAAAAACCCUUCCGUAAGUCCUCCUUAUUUAAGGUUAUCAGAUUUUGACUAAUCUACUGUGUAAAGAUGUCCAGCUUGAUAUGACUCUAUCUGAAGCAUUUUGUAAUUACAGUAUUAAUCAGCAAAUAAGUCACCAGAAGAUAUUUUUUUUAGAGAAUAUAUGUAAAUAAUUGACAGCACUACAUGGAUACAAUAUUGUAAACAUAGAAAAGCAAUGCUUCAAAUGUUUUAUGUAAUGUUUAUGUACAAUAAUGAUCUUUAAAAAAAUAAAGCUUAAAGCAAACACUGAAAGAA